AUGGAAAGGUGUGAGGAAGAAACGAUCGUGACAGGUGGAUCAUGUGCAAUGCAGAAUUGUUUUUUCUGA